AUGAGUCGCGUCUCGCAUCAUGUUUUGUUGAUCUUAUGCGGUACGUGAACUUUUCUGUUUAGAUUUCAUUAAAACAAGGAAAAUCUGAAAGUUCCGUUUUUAAAUUCUUUGAGAAAAUUAUUACAAGAACAAUCGUUUCUGAUUUUCUUAGAAACUUCAACUCGGACAGUUUACAUCAGAAAGAUAAAAACGAACUUUCUUGUGCUUUUUUCAAGAAAUUAUUCCUUCAGCGUGUCUCCAAAAUGUUCUCUGCGACAAAAAUGUUGCGCAACUUCUGGAAAAUCUGCUUUCGGACUACAAUCGCGUAGUGAGGCCUGUGCACAACGCGUCGGAUGCGCUCAAAGUGAAAUUUGGCGCAAAUCUGUGUCGCCUAAUUGAUGUGGUGAGCCUACCAAAAAGCUCCUAAAACCUUUUGAACAUGUUUUAGGACGAAGUGAAUCAGGUCUUAACGACGAGUCUGUGGCUCGAAAUGGUGUUGCUCAUUUUCUUUCCAUUAUAAGCCACAUAUUCCAGCAAUGGGUAGAUCGAAAGUUGAUGUGGACGCCGACGGAAUGGGGAGGAGUGGAGACUGUUCAUAUUCCCUCUGACCAGAUCUGGAUCCCGGACAUCGUCUUGUAUAACAAGUUGGGCAUUUUUGAGUGAUUUUAGAAUAAAGUUGGAAAAAUCCAGUGCCGAUGGAGAGCCUCACAUCACUAUUUCAAGUUUGGCGAGGGUUGAUUUCCGAGGCCGAGUCGUUUGGCAACCGCCAUCGAUCUACAAAAGCUUCUGCCCAGUGAAUUUUUUGUUUGGAAUUUUCCUCAAGAUGGAUGUUUCAGAUCAACAUCAAAUAUUUUCCGUAUGACUGGCAGGAAUGCGUGAUGAAGGUGAAUAAAUAAAAUUUAGAUAGUUUUUAAGAGAUUUUAAAUUUUUUAGUGGUCUCUUAGUAGAAAUUAGACCUCUAUAGUGGCUACUAAUUUGACUACUACAGUGACCACUAAAAUUUCAAAAACCCUAUAGUGGCCGCUAAAUUUUUUUCCCAGAUUGGAAGAAGAGCAAGAAGUUUUAAUCUUAAAGCUUUUUUUGUGAAGAAACGCCAGAAAAACAGGGAAAAAUAAAUCAAAAAUCUAUUUUUUUUAAAAAAUCUAUCUAACUUAUCUCGGUUAAAUUACACAAUUUUGAUUCUUCUUUUUACUAGUUUCUAUUUUUUUCAGUUUGGUGGCUGGACAAAUGAUGGUGAAACGCUGGACUUGGAUCAGAUUCCAGUCAACGUCGAAGAUACUCCGAUUCAGAAGACUGACGACGCAGGCGUCGAGUAUUUGUUUCUUGAACGAGGCCUUGGAUUAAGCUUUUACCAUGAGUCCGUUUUUUCCUCUACUCAAAACAGCCUUUCUUGAUCCUUUUCUCCUGAUGAAGUUCAAGUUCAAAUAAAUGUUUUUUCAGAAGCGCUGAGUGGGAUUUGUUGGGAACGACGUCGUCCAGAUACGCUCAAAUCUAUCCUGGUUGUUGCGGACAACAAUAUUACAUUGAUAUAAAGUUUUUUUGAAAGAAAAAAACUGCAAAAAAAUUCCUAUUUAUAGGUAUAAAAUUGUGAUUCGUCGUAAAGCAAUUUUCUUCACGGUUAUGCUGACCAUUCCCUGUAUGUUGAUAGGUUAGUGUUGCAUUAGUGGGGAUUCAAAUAUGAAAAAAAUUUUCAGCCAAUUUGACGCCAUUCGUGUUCAUGAUUCUACCCAACGAGCAUAAAAUGACGUACUCCAUAUCAGUUUUUGUAGCAUUCACCGUGUUUUAUUUGGUUCUGAUUGAGCUUAUCCCACCAACCUCGGUUUCACUUUCUCUCAUUGGUGAGUUGAAAAAUUAGCAAUCAGGGGGAUUCCCUGGCAGUUUGGAGUUUAUGGGGAAAAAACGCUCAGGAGCUGAAAUAUUGAUUCAUAGCGCCACAAGUUUUUGAUACUACGAAAACUUACAGGUGUUUACCUGCUUUUUACGCUAUUAAUGGUGGCUGCGUCGAUCGUGAUUUCGGUAGUCACUAUAAACAUUUAUAGAAGGUGAUAAAAAAUAGUUUCUUUUCUUUCUGAAGUACACUUUUCACAGACAAGCCUUCGCAUCAGAAAUGUCUGACUGGCAAAGAUGGUUAUUUGUGCAGUGGCUGCCGAAAUAUCUGAACCUGAAGUCGCUGGACAACGACUGUGACAAAAGUUCGGACAGCGGCACUACUACUCCUCGAACUGGUUAGUGUCUUCUUAAUCAACUUCUUGACGAUUUUCUCAAAUCAAGUCCUUUCACAAAAAAAAAAAAUUUCUACUUUUUUUAAAGCAGCUUUAUUAUCAUUUUCUUUUUCUCUUUCUUGACGGGCAAGAGUUUUUCCUAAUUGGCCUUGAAACAUGAUGAAAGUCUACAAAGAAUCAAAUUACGCGAGGUCUAAUUGAAGAAAAAUCACAGAUCUCUAGAGCGCUCAUAGAUUUGCAAAGCUGAUCAAACGUCUUCAAACUAACAUUUGUUCUGAUAAAACGAUUAAAAACGUUUCGGCCUUGAUGUUCGAAGCGAUAGUCCGCCUGUAUCUCUCGUCUUUGAAAAACGAAAAAAACCUAUCAAAAUUAUUUUUAUGAGCAGAUUCCGUGUCUGUUGUUCACAAAAACUCGGCUGUCACGAAUUCGCCUGUUUUUCCAACUCAGCGACUUCGCUUACUGAGCUUAGUUCAAGUAAAGCCUCAUAUAGUGAAUCGAAGAAAAAACAAUAAUCCAGAUGGACGAAGCUCUGAAGAGACGCUGUGUGGCUGACAAUCUCGACCUUUUCCGAAAAAUAUUUGGCCAUCUAAAAAUCAUAGCAGCACAUUUCCACAACCAACAGCUGGAAAGCCGGGUUUGUGGAAAGUUCGGAAAUGUCAGAGAGAAGAAUUUGCAGAUAACCGACGAGUGGCAGUUGAUGUCUCUUGUGAUCGACAGGGUUUUCCUCAUUUUGUACCUCGUGAUCAAUAUAACCGCAAACAUUCUCUUUUUCUACAAUGCUCCCACUCUUUUCGAUCAGAGACCUUCGCUAACUCAGACUAUUGCUCACAAACCUUUGAGUGGCGAUUCUGUCAACGUUGUCCACUUUUAG